UAAUCUGAGGUUCUCUCCAGAGAUGUUUUCCCACAUUUCUGCAAUUAAGGAUGAUUGCUGCAUAGUAUGGGUGUUUCCUUUGCGGCCCGCGGGUUGAGAACCACUGAUCUAGAGGAACCUCUUUCCAGUGAUCUUGAAGACCCUCCUCCUGCAGAUCAGCAGGUUCAAAGCCCUCCAGCUUCAGUCCACCACAGCCAUAGCUCACAACAGCAGAGUGGACUUGACAACAGAGGAUGACAUUCUGAGCUGGUAUGAAAUCGGCAAAAUGCUUGGUGAGGUAGGAUUCGGCUGCGUCUAUGAAGGGAAACGCUUGGAGAAUGGCCUUGAGGUGGCAGUGAAAAUUGCCAACAAGCCAAGGAACAUGAAAUACAUCUACGUUCCUGGUCAUCCCGCACCCCUUUCGUUAGAGGUCUGCCUUUUACUCCUUGUUAAUAAGGAGUCCAGAGUUCCAGAGAUCAUUCAGCUGCUAGACUGGCAGGAACAGCCUGAACGUUACAUCAUGGUCUUGGAACGCCCGUCACCCUGCAAAGAUCUGUGGGAUUAUACGAUGCUUCAGGGAGGCUUCGUCAGCGAGGACACAGCACGGUCUAUCAUGGCACAGGCAACAAAGGCCCCGCUCCCAAUACUCCAACGAGGAGUAUUUCACCGGGACAUAAAGCUGGAAAACCUCCUGAUCAACCUGCAAGACUCCGGCUAUGAGCAAUGUUGUGGCACACCAGAGUACUGCCCACCUGAGUACUACGUGGACCACAAGUACCACGGGAAACCAACUACUGUAUGGUCUCUGGGAAUGCUCUUGUUCUUGUUGGUGUGUGGAGACUUCCCAGAACCCAAAGACACAGAGUUGGUUGAUUACGGUGUGUGGUUUAAGCCUGAUUUGUCGACUGGCAAGUCAUCACAACAAAGAAGACCAACUGUAAUUGAAAUCAUGCAAAACAAGGAAGAGGGAGAAGUAACACCCAAGCCAAGUGGCUGUACUGAUUGUACAGUGUAGAAUGGUCAGAUCUUACAGCUUAAUACAAAGAGUAGUUUAAGGUAAUAAUCUGACUCUCUCAUCUCUUCCUCUCUUUCAGAAUGCUGCCACCUGAUUCGGUCCCUGCUGAAUGAAAGCCCAAACCAGCGGAUUGAUUUGGGG